UGGUGCACUACGUGUACCAGACAGCUGUCCUUACUCUGCAGAGUCAUAUUAAUAAAACCAAAUAUGUUUAUUACAGGUUAAGGUAAAGCUUUUUGAUCCCUGGGGGGAAACAUAGUCCACAGGAAAUAAAGUCCCUAAAAUUCCCUUCUCUUUUACCAGCAGUGACGUUAAUGCAUCAACAAUUAAAAUUCAAUAUUCUAGUGUGCUUUAUUCUGAAAAUCAGUCAUUCUGUAUAAGGAGUACUUGGACCGGUGGUACCUGGAGCAUGUUUUACUGAUGAUACUAAAGUAACAUACUGAAUGAAGUAUUACUGCUUUUACUUAAGGUGACAGUCCAUGUCCCACCGCUGGCUCUGAGCUGGAGCUGAAGUACCCGGGCUGAUGGUCUUGGCCCGUCUGUAUCAGACGGGCUCUGCCUGAGCGGUGACGUCGCUGUAAAAGGGCAGAUUCCUGAGGAGCCCGACCAUGAGAGGAACGUGAGCGGGGGCCGGUCGCAGGCAGAGGGAGGAGCGUCUGGGAGAGCUGUUUCUCCCAAGUUUGCUGGCAGGGAAGUACGACCCCCAGAAGGAAGAGGAGCUGAGGCUGUGGAUUCAAGAUGUGACUGGGAAGAGGAUCGGGGACAACUUCAUGGAGAGUCUGAAGGACGGCGUCCUGCUGUGCGAACUCAUUAAUGUCCUCCAGCCAGGCUCGGUGAGAAAGAUCAACCACUCCAGUCAGAACUGGCACCAGCUGGAGAACAUAGGGAACUUCGUCCGGGCCAUCACAGACUACGGCCUGAAGCUACACGACAUCUUUGAGGCCAACGACCUGUUUGAGAAUGUCAACCACACUCAGGUGCAGUCCACGCUCAUCACCCUGGCUGGCAUGGCCAAGUCCAAAGGUUUCCACUCAAACUAUGACACAGGAGUGAAGUAUGCUGAGAAGCAGCAGCGCCGCUUCACCCCAGAGAAGCUGAGGGAGGGACGUAACAUCAUCGGCCUGCAGAUGGGCACCAACAAGCUCGCCAGCCAAAAGGGCAUGACCUCUUACGGCACACGACGUCAUCUCUAUGAUGCCAAGAUAGGCAUGGACAACCCACUGGACCAGUCCACCAUCAGCCUGCAGAUGGGCACCAACAAGGGAGCCAGUCAGUCUGGUAUGACAGCUCCUGGAACGAGGAGGCACAUCUUCGACAAGAAGCUGGAGCUGGAGAACUGUGACACCAGCACCAUCUCUCUGCAGAUGGGGACCAACAAGGUGGCUUCACAGCAGGGCAUGACCACCUACGGUCUGCCCCGCCAGGUCUACGACAACAAGUACUGCACCAACCCCACCGAGACCUACUAUAACAACGGGAGUGAGGUGGAGUUUGACGGCUACAACCAGUACUCUGACUAAACAAACCAAAGCACGGACAGCAUUGCCCCCUCCGUUCUCUACUGCCUUUGACUUCAAACAACAGCCACGACUGUCUCUGUGAUGAGCACACCUCCCAGACUGGUAUCUGAUUGACGUCACUGCCGUCUCAUUCCCCGUCUUUUUCCAAACACAUCUUUACUCCUAGGAAUGUGUUUGUCUUUCCACGAGUAAGAAUGAAAUGGAGUUUCAACGUCUGUAUCUCACUGAUGAAUUGUAUUGCUACUUAUGUGGAGAUCCAGCUAGGUUUGCUAUUUAUAGAUGGUUUUUCUACAGCUUUUUAUACUUGUAUUGUAGCCUCACCUCACCUCCCUAUGCCUCAGUCCAGUUUGAACGCUGAUGGAGCAGAACUGAACGUUUAUGGACAGGAAACCAGUGACCGUGUUGGUGCUACUCAACUCUGACCCAGUUGGAACAGAGUCCACACUAGAGCCCGCGGGCUUCGGACUGGACGAUGCAGCUCUGUGCAGACACUGCUUUGUUUCGUGAGCAUCUGCGCUGACAGUCAUGUUCACAUGUGGCCAAGUGACCUUUACCAUAUUUUUACAGGGCUCACUGAAACGGCUCGUGUGGUUUCUGGGGAAACAGUUUGAGAUGUGUGGAAGCAGGUUGCAGUCAUAACAGAAAAGGCCUGAUCACAUAAUUAUGACUUACUAUCUCAUAGUCACAAGAAAACAUCUUGUGAUUACGGGACCUGGACCUCUCAACUAUGAGUUAAUGGUGCAAGACUUGGGCUCAUCAGAACUUUUCAGGUUUCUUUAGUCAUAAAAUAAUUCAGUAAUAGGUGUCAGUACAUCUAAUAGUACACAGCAACACUUAAGUGUCAUAGUUAAUUCAGCAAACCUAAUGUUCAAAAUAUUAACACAUGGGCUAAAAACUGUGUCCUAGUUGCAGCUGUGUCACUUAGUUUGUGCUCAUACAAGGUAAGGUUUUUAACAAGACAUUUAAAAAACACUCCUGUUGAUAUUUAAGAUCAUACUUAUUAUAUAGACAGUCGAGUAGCAUCUGAUAAAAGCUUUGGCAGGAAACAGGAAGUAUUAUGUUGCUAUGGAUACCAUGGGUAAUGCUGUGACCUGCACCGGGAGCCGUUUUUAGCUGAUAUUUGUUGACGUCUUGCGACAUUAAGGAUACUGAAUCAGAUAGUAAUGGUUAAUUUUGCCUAUGUACUACUACAUGUCACUGAAAUACUUUAUUACUGCAGAAAUCUUACAAACCUGUUGAUUCCCAAACAAGUUCUGAAGCAUCCCAUUUCCUGUACCACUAAUUCUUUUCUCAUAAUUAUGAAACGGCAGGGGUCCAAUAUUUUUCUUGUGUGAAUGCAGCACACUCCCGUAUACAUAGUACACUGCUUUCUUUUAAAGUAGAAAGUGACACAGGUGUGGUCACGGCCACUUUAGUCGAGGGUAAACGUAGCCGCCAGAGGUUUGUCUUGUCUUUUCUUACAGCUUUUGGAACCUUUUCUACUUCUGCCUCAGUGAACGUCGGCUUUCGUGCUGUCGCUCUGUUUGCACUUUACCCGGCUUCACCGUGUGUGCAGUAAACAGUGGUGGAAGGUAACUAAGUACGUUUACUCUAAUUCUGUACUUAGGUACACAUUGGAGGUACUUGAACUUUACUUGAGUUUUCUACUUGAUGCCACUUUAUAAAUACACAACAGUUGUCAGUUAUUUACUUUACAAAAUAACAUUUUCCACUCAAAGUAUAUUUAUAAACUAACUAUAUGUAGUAUACAUAUUACAGCGGUCAUAUUUCUGCACGGCGUACUUUCAGUAUUUUUUUUGCUGAUGACGCUGACAUAAUUAUUUGUAAUAGUAUUUUUACAUUGUGGUAUUGCUCUUUUACUGAAGUAAAGUGUAUGAGUACUUCGUCCACCACUGGCAUUAACAUGAGUAGGAAAGCAGACCCAGCUGCUGGGAAUCAGACUGUUAACCCACCGAAGGUCUCGAAUGUAAUGUCGUUGUAAGGUUAGAGGUGCCGCCAGCUGUCACAGGGCUCAUGCACAGUGCACCAAGAGUACAGAAAUACAGUGUUCACUUUAUUAGCAACACCCUGCAAUAAAUCCUCCUACGUGAAAAUGAUCAUGUACAUGUUUGUCUCACCAGAACCGGCUCUCAGUGUAACCCAGACCAGGUGAACAUCAUCACCUUCAGCACUGUUGGGUCAGACUGGCUCAAUGUGAGACAGGGGUUCCUAAUAAACUGAACGUACAUUCACACAAGAGGCUCAGGCACCUGUGAUGAUGCUACACAUCACAUCUUUCAGAUGUGGUUGUUUUCAGCAGGUAAAUAUUGCUCGUGUAUUUCCUGUGUGUUCGCGAGGUGGACGGACGAACACAUCUGAGCUCAUCAAUGUCAACAAGCAGCUGUGUAGCAACACGCCAUCUAGAAGAAAGAGCAUGUGUAUGUUUACUGUUUGCAGACAUUCCUCUCUAUUCAGCCAGCGUAGGAAUGUAGUUAGUUUUUUUUUUUUUUUUUUUCCCCCUGGUACAGGUCACUGACCUAUUAUCGUUACCGAGUACAUCUUCGGUACCAUUUCAUGUUGUUUCUCCAUUGUUCAGACACCUUUGCUAACCUCUGACUUGUUUUCUAUACCUUUCACUAAACAUGACAGUUGUGCAAUAAAAACACUGCAAAAAGCUGGUUCUGCAUUAAUGUUCUCAUUACUGUGGUUACCUCAAGAUACAGAGUCAAGAUGAUAACACGAAUUAGCAGAAAUGACACAAUGUGACACAGGUAAAGUGUUAGACUGCCCCGAACAAAUCAAACAUUUAAAUAGAACAGCCUUUUGAAAAAAACUGUCAACCAAAUGUUUCAGAACACUGAUCAGUAUUCAGCCUGACAAGAAAUGUUCCUAGCUUCACUAAGUCACACAGAAUACUAAUAAAGGAUAGGGAAUGUUUUGAACUAGUGGAAAUAUCAGUCAUUACUUUUUAAACUUGACAGUUCAGUUCAAAAGGAGAGAAAACGUGCAGAUCCAAAUAAACACGAAAACAAUGCAGCGGCGCUCCGGCACAGCCAGAGCAACGUGUCACGCUCAGCACAACAAAUGAAACUAAACGGGCUGCAAACCUAGAGAAAAUAUGUUUGGCUACAUUGUGCUAACGAGAUGGGUUCAACCAAAGAAGUGAAAUGUGAGAGGAAAGCUUUGAUAUAAACACACAGACUCCACAGCCAGCUGUGAGCUGCAUCACAUCUGACAAAGAAAAGCAUCAGCUCCUCACAUUAAAGAAGGUGGAACCAGAACAUGUCAGUGACUGUUGAUUCUAAA